UUAUCUACUUUUAGCAGAAAAAGACAAAGAGCGAUUAAAUUAAUGUUACGGAACAAUAUAGCCUUAUCUCAUAACAUCGAGAAUUAUGAGCAUGAAAGACAUUCUGUAAUAUCAAAUUCGGAACAGAGUCUCUCAACUCUUUCCGACAGGCAAUCGCGAGUAACUUCAUAUCAUCAUUAUGAAGAGAUAAAGGAAAUAACAUGGAUAGUGAAAGUAAAAGAUUUCGACACUUUUGUUAAACAGGCAAUAGAAACAGGAUUGCUGAAUCAGCAAUGCGAGAAGUUACCAAAACAACAAACUCAAUCAUGUGUUCAUGGUAAGCUUCCACAGAAUAUAAUAAAAAAUCGAUGUGAGAAUCUUGUUCCAAAUGACGAUACGCGCGUUGUGCUGAAGCAACUUCCGAGCGAUCCUCAUUCCGAUUAUAUCAAUGCCAAUUACAUCACCGGCUAUAGGAAGAAGAAACAUUACAUAGCCACUCAAGGGCCCAAACCCAACACGGUUAUCGAUUUCUGGCGCAUGAUUUGGCAAGAGAAUGUUCUAAUUAUUUGUAUGCUGACAAACGUAAUUGAAAAUGGAAAGACUAAGUGCGAGCAAUAUUGGCCAGAUAUCGGCAAUAAGAAGAAAUACGGCAAUAUUAUUGUGCUGAAUGCGAAGCAACAUGUUUCUGCUGAUUAUUGCUUCAGAACUUUCCAAAUCACUUACGGAAGAGAAACGCGAAAGGUGGAACAUCUGCAUUAUACGGCCUGGCCGGAUCAUGGCGUACCAUUGUACACAUACUCCAUAGUAACGUAUCUGAAGAAAUUAUUGGCAACUCCACCUGGUAAUGGCUCCGUGGUAGUCCAUUGUAGCACAGGCGUCGGCAGAACCGGAGUCAUCAUUCUGUGCGACAUUUGUCUCCGUCAAGCAGCGGCCGAAGGAGUAAUAAUACUAUUUGCUUAAUUUGGUUAUAGUUGUCUAGUAUCAAUUUUAAAAAUAAUGAUUUUAGGUGGUCGACAUUUUUGCCAAAACGGUAUCCAUUAAAAGCGAGAGAGCUAAUAUAAUUCAC